UACAAGGACGUUCGAUCUUUUUCCUGUGUCUGGCAGAAGGAGCCGUCAGCUGUGGAGGGUAUUGACUCCCUUUAUGGUCCUGGUUCUCAAAGAAAAACUAGAAACAAAUCAAAAUAAAACAAAAAAACCCCGAAGCGGUCUUCUGCAACAGGACGGGAGAUGGAUAACAGUAAACGGACUGUGGUCGUCACAGGUUUUGGGCCAUUUGGAGAGCACACGGUCAACGCCAGCUGGGUCGCGGUGCAGGAGCUUAAGAAACUCGGGCUGGGCAGCGAAGUGGACUUGCACGUAUCCGAGGUUCCUGUCGAGUACCAGACAGUCCAGAGUUUGGUUCCAUCAUUAUGGAAGCAGUAUCGUCCUUUGUUGGUAGUUCAUGUCGGUGUCUCGGGUAUGGCCACCACUGUCACGCUGGAAAAGUGUGGCAGAAAUCACGGCUACAAAGGCCUGGACAACAGCAGCUUCUGUCCGGAUUCACAGUGUUGCAUCGUGGGAGGCCCGGACUGCAUCGACUCAGUUAUUGACAUGGAAUCAGUCUGCAAGAGAGUGACCGCCUCGGGGCUGGGAGUAGCUGUUUCUGUCUCCAAAGAUGCAGGAAGGUAUCUCUGUGAUUUCACCUACUACACGUCCCUGUACCUGAGCCACGGUCGCUCUGCCUUCAUUCACGUGCCUCCUCUUGGAAAGCCCUACAGCAGGGAAGACCUGGGCCGUGCACUGCAGGCCAUCGUCCGGGAGAUGCUGGAGCUUCUGGACCAGGCUGAGGAGAAGAUCAACUGCCAGCAGCACUUCCACUAAGUGACCUCCAGAUGCCAACCAGCCUCUCUAGCCUUCACCACACAAGAGAAAUUGCACUUAACCACAAGUAGCCAAACUCUUUCUUUUUUUUUUUUCUAAAUUGUUGUCUUUUACUUGGACAAGAAGAAAACUUCAGCGUUUGUUUCCCUUUGUGUUAGGUUUUUGCUUCAUGUUUUUCCCUGACCUGAUUCAGUUUUGUUUUAAUGUCUCCUGAUGGUGAGAAGAUAAAACUGAGGUCUCAAGAUAACCCUCAGUGAUGCUGUAAUGCAAGCUUUUUCCCCCCACUUACAAGGAACAUAAAACUUUCUGACUUUGGAGUUUAUAAUAUGUGAAAAACCUUAGGUUCAAUAAGACAACAAGUGCAACUCAUAGUCGUUAAUAUGCAGAGGGUCUGUAAUGUGGCAGACAUUACAACCUAUAACUCUGAAUGUGUCUCCUAUUAAUGCACCUUAUAGGGUUAGGGUUAUGGAAAUGGUUAUAGGAGUCACAUUUAGGAAAACUGUGAAUGUACUCUUUAAAUUUCAUAAUGCUUCAUCCUUAGAUUUUCAGUUUUCACUCCAUCACAGUAUGCUUCAGUCAGCAGGCGUUUGCAUCUCAUAGUCUUCAAGUGAUUAAUGUACAUGAUACAUUAUGGUUUGAGUAGAAAAUGUUUGGCGGUAAACUGUGUUUGCUACUUUCUGUUUCCUUUUAUGUAAGCUCUAGCUGUUUCACACUUGAUGUUGAAUAGUUUCUUGACUCCCUUUUCUUUAUAAGAAGUUGUAAAUUUGCCUUCUUUUACAAAGGUUUUUUAAAUCAGGGAACGGGUUGGUUCCAGCUCAUAUCCCCACGCCCAGUUUGUCGGCCCAGUUCUGACAGGAAACCCCCAAAUCCACCUGAGAUCUGGCCCCGGGCUGUGCAAUGUUAUUUUACAGAUCUCAUGUUCAGAACUUUACUUAGAUUUCUCAGAAUUCUGUUGUGGCUGCACAAUUAUUUGAGAAAAUGUUGAGGAUUGCAAUUAUUAGUCCAGAAAGUCAAAGUUCCUUUCUUAAUCUGAGUUGUAUGUCCAAUAUUAUUGUUUUUAAAUAACUGAGCAAAUAGUUCUUUCCUGUCUUCAUGUGAUAUAAUGAGUUUCUCACUGGAUCGUGGCAAGAAACAAGACAACACUGCACUGGAUUUUUGGAUAGUGAAAUCCUUUUUACCUUUACUAAAUAUGCCUUUUUCUUUUUACCUUAAACUGUGAAAAAAAAAAAACAACUAAAAAUUCUGUUGUGGAACUUUUAUAACCUUUAUGUAACUUAUUAGUUACAGUUUUAUUUUUUCCCAUAAUUGUGCAGACCUAAUUGUUACUCUUUGAUUAAAGCUUUCUGUCGUUCCCGUCAUUGAAUCAGUUAUAGCUGCUUUGAUUUGAUGAAGUUGGACUCUUGUUUCUGUCAGAGUUGGGCCUGAACUUUUAUUUCUGUAGCACUUUUUUUUUUAUUUUUGUUUCUCAUUUUGCCUAUUCUGGUCAUCAACUCCAGCUUUGUGGGUGCUUGCAUCUUGUAUUUUUUUUUUUAUUAUUAUUUUCAGUCACUUUAACUUGAAAUAUGUAGCUUUUUAGACAUAGACCCCCCCAACCCCCAAUAAUUGUACCGGUAAUUAUGUAUGUGAGGUGUGCUUUGUAGGUCAGUCAUGCUUUAUUCUCCUGAGCUUUUGUUUGUUCUGACUAGUUAAACAAACUGCAUUAGAUUGAUGGUGCCAGUCUCAGGUGUAAAUAUUCUGUUUUGUAGCUUUGAGAUUUUUUUGGGGGGGGGGGACUGUCUUCUGUCUUACGUUGCAGACCAGCGUUUCCCUGACUGCUUCAGCUUGAUCAGUUUUAGUGGAAAUUUUAACACUAAAUGGUCUUCAUUCUGCUUCAGCGCCGUAUUUGUGUUCGUGGAAAACGUGAAUAUAGUUUUAAUCCGUCAGAGCUAUUGAAACUAACUGAACAUGAGGUCUUGUGGCCUCUUAGUUAAAUGUUUUUUUCACCAGAGUCAAGCUUGUUGGUGCUAGUGAGUUUGAAUAAAUGUAAUUAUUUUUUAGCAGUGCCUGUCAUUUUAAUUGCUUUUCAGUACUAUAGUUUAUACCACAAGGUAGCGUCCUGGAGCGCUGAACAAACGACUGCUUCUCAGAAUUAAUUUUAGCAUUUGUCAGUGAACUUACAUCUUGAUUAUGUGGUUUUAAAAUCUAAUUGUUGAAGUGUGAUGGGCAGGUUUUAGUUCUGAGUGUGUAGGUGCUGAUAUUUUACUGUGUGGCUUUGUGAGUGCUGGGAAGUGAAAGAGUUAUGGAGGAGCUGCCCCUAAAAUUUCUGUUCACAAAAUUUAAAAGCCUGAAGUUUACAUAUGAGGCAACCUUUGACCCUGACUCUUUCCUGUGCCUUGCUCUUGUUAAGGGUGUUAUGAAAAGGCCUUAAAAAUGCUCAAUGGGUCACUUCAAAGAUUUACUGACAUUGUCCAGUCAGAUGUGUGGCUACCUCAAAAAACACAUUUUUAUCCAGAUGUGUGCUCUGUUGUACUAUAACAUUGUGGCUCUGUGAUUUGGUGUGAGUUUCUCUGUUUCGGGAGAAUCCUCUCAAAGGUGUCUUCUUCUGCUUCUGACAUUAACAAAGCACUGUUACAAUAAGUAAUCUUGGCUUUGUAAAAAGAAAAGCUUUGAAAUAAAGAGAAUUAAAGGAGUACAAA